GUUUCUAGUGAGUCAACUCGUUCUCUCUUGUUUCUCCGUUUCAUAGACUCUCUCUGUUACUUUACUCCUCAUUUUGCCAAACGCGAUUUAUUCGUGAAAGUGAAACGCAGAUCACUAGAUUUUGUCGCUAAAAGGUUUUGUUUUUGGAUUUGGGUGCGUGUGUUUUAUAUGGUGGUGAUUGUGGAUUUGGAAGAAUCUGUGCAAUGAAUGGAAACAGUAGAGGAAAUGUUCAGAUUGGGGAAUGUAAGGAGACUGUAGUCUACAUGUCCGGUUACUUACCAGGAGCUUCUCCCGAGAAAUCCCCUAUUCUCUCUCCUGUUCCCGUGCGUUUACCUGCUGCUGUUCACGGUGGAGAUUCGUGGAAAGAUGUUUGUGGCGGCGGUUGUGGAUUCGCUAUGGCUAUUUCAGAGAAGGGGAAGCUUAUAACUUGGGGUUCUACUGAUGAUGAAGGACAGAGCUAUGUCGCUUCUGGAAAGCAUGGGGAAACUCCAGAGCCGUUUCCUCUUCCCACGGAGGCUCCAGUCGUUCAGGCUUCUUCAGGAUGGGCACAUUGUGCGGUUGUUACAGAGGCUGGUGAAGCAUUUACUUGGGGUUGGAAGGAAUGCAUUCCAUCAAAGGAUCCUGUUAGAAAGCAGCAGAGUGGCUCGAAUGAGCAAGUGAGUCCAUCAUCACAAGGUUCAAAUGCAGCAAGUGGUAUGACACUGCAGAAUGAGAAUCGGAAGGGAGGGGAGGAGUUAGUGAAGCGGAGGCGGGUUUCAACUGCCAAAGAUGAAGCCGAAUGCCUUUCACUUGGAGAGGACUUCUUUGCUAUCACACCUUCACUUGUGAGUGUUGGCCUUGGAGUGAGGAUCACCAGUGUUGCUACUGGUGGUCGGCAUACUCUUGCGUUGUCAGAUAUAGGACAGAUUUGGGGUUGGGGAUAUGGAGGCGAAGGGCAAUUAGGAUUGGGUUCCCGGAUUAAAAUGGUCUCCUCUCCUCAUCUAAUACCUUGCUUUGAAUCACCCGGAUCUGGAAAAGAAAGAUCUUUCAUAUUGCAUCAAGGAAUAACAACCACGUCUACUCAAGUUACAAGAGAACCUGGUCGGCACAUAAAGGCUAUUUCUUGUGGAGGUCGUCAUAGCGUGGCAAUUACAGAUACUGGAGGGUUAAUAACUUUUGGAUGGGGACUCUAUGGACAGUGUGGCCAUGGAAACACAAAUGAUCAGUUAAGGCCCAUGGCUGUUUCAUCAGUGCAGAGUGUUCGGAUGGAAAGCGUAGCAGCUGGAUUGUGGCACACUAUUUGCAUCUCUAGUGAUGGUAAAGUGUAUGCCUUUGGUGGAAACCAAUUUGGUCAACUGGGAACUGGCACUGAUCAUGCUGAGAUGAUACCGAGAUUGCUGGAUGGCCAGAAUUUGGAGGGUAAACAUGCCAAAACAGUUAGUUGCGGCGCGCGGCAUAGUGCGGUUUUGGCAGUUUUUUAACGAGAAGAUACUAAAGAGCCCUAGCUUGUGAGAUGCUGCAACUUGUAUUCAGAGGAUGGUCGGUUGCUAUGUUGGGGAUGGAACAAAUACGGGCAGCUGGGUCUAGGGGACACGAUUGACCGGAACAUUCCUACUCAAGUCCAGCUGGAUGGCUGCAGACUGAGGAAAGUGGCGUGUGGAUGGUGGCAUACAUUGCUACUAGCAGACUCACCCACUUGAGGUUUCCCAACCAGGCACCAGAUCCUCAUAUUACAUUUUCGUGUUUUCGCCACUUUAGGUGCCUAUAGGUUUGACAGAAGCUGUACAUACAGGCUUUUUGCUAUAUGUACUUUCUUCUUCAGUCUUUCCCUGUCUUCAUGUUUUCCUUAGGGAGAGGGCUUUGACUUUGUAUUGUGUAACAUGGGGAAAUGGCAGAACACUAGAAUAAAAUACUGAUUGGUAUGAAAGGAUCUUUAGGUUUCUUUAGAUUUGGUGUAAAAACGAUUGGAUUUUUAGAUUGGUAAAGAACAAUAAGUCAGUGUCCUGCUUUGUACA